CAAGAUGCAAGAAGUGUACUGGAAUCAUAUCGCGAAGAGGCAGAGCUAUAGGGCGAUGCACUAUUUGAAUGAAGGGAUACGACUUACAGUGUAGAUGUGAUAAAGGGAAUGAAGGGCCCAGGAGUGGUCCAUCACUUGCUAAAUUGAGCAGGAUGCUGUACAAUUCGGUUGCAAAGGUGGUGCAUCGGCAGGGUGGUGCUAUUGCUAUCUACCAAGUGUCAGAUGCGCACGAACCGCUGACUGUGACUUACAGUGAACUGCUGGGGCUCGCAGAAUACUUCGGCACCCGCUUGCACCUACGUCUAACUGCCAAGCAACACAAUACUGAAGUUGGGACUGGUAGUGGCACCAGGGAGCCAAACGUACAGCACGUACGUGCAAGGGGGCAAGGAAGUGCAGGCAAGGACGAGCACAAGUACACACACGCACCUGCACACUCGAAUCGAGGGCCUGAUGAGGCCGAGGAUAAACACACGGAUGUGCAGCCAUAUGUUAUUCUGUGUGGAUUAUAUGGCAUACAAUUGGUGGUGGCAACACUGGCCGUUUUGUGGGCGGGAGGUGUUGUAGUGCCACUUGACCCAGAUUUGCCAGACGUAAGACGCGACAUGAUCCAAGGACAAACACGUGCGGGUGUAUAUAUGACAACUCAAGAUAUUCAGGACAGUUUACUGCUCAGACAAAGUAGCACAGUACCAUCUGCAAGCAGUGCACAGAUCCAGUGCGUAGUGGUAAGCCUAUCGGAGGUGCGCAAAAUCUUGAAACGAGAAGCUGCUGGGGAGGAGUUCAGCGUAGAGGCAUCUACACACAAUCCCAGUACACGCCCACACGCACGGCCGGUCGUACGUACUGGAAAACCGCUAUCACACGUAAUCUACACAUCUGGGAGCACGGGCAUACCAAAAGGCGUUGUGUGCUCUCAGGAAGCCAUCCACAAGUUCAGCACAGAGAGUGCCAUGGUAUUGGGAAUAGCUGAAAGCUCACGCGUGCUUCUCACCAGCAACCCAACAUGGGACCCGUCUGUAGGCGAUAUCUUCACCACGCUGUUAGCAGGUGGCAUACUGUGCACGGCGGGACGAGCGAUGAUUGUGCACAAUCUCAGAAGCGCUAUUCAUAAAUCGCAUGCGACCCAUUUGUUCUGCACGCCGUCUCACUGGGCAUUGGUGGGUGCGCAUCCGGGUGAUUUGCCGAGCGUGCAAGUCUUGAGCUUAGGAGGAGAACGCAUUCCUGCUGACAUGGUGUCUGCUUGGUGCAAAACAGAGGCAAACACACAAGGCUUGAGAAUGUACAAUGUCUACGGCACAACCGAGGGCACAGUGUAUCAGACAUGGUCCGAACUCCACUCAGACAGGCCAAUGAACAUUAUUGGGCGCCCGCUGAACGGUGUACAUGCGCUGGUGGUAUCACCACAUUCGUGCAUGUGUGCUUGUUCAGGAGCGUGUAGCGAUGUUGUCGUGAAAGACGCUAGAACCACUACAGACGGUGUUUGCAAUAUAUGCGGUGGUUAUAACGAGAUAGGCGACCUUCUAAAGGAUUUGGGAACUGAUGUGGUGGGUGAGAUAGUGCUGGGCGGGACACAAACCUCUGAAAGAUAUCAUGGAGACCCUGCUCUCACCAGAGGGAGAUACAUCACCUUCAAUGAUGUUCAGUACUUCCGUACGGGAGAUCUUGGUCUGCGACAAUUGGAUGGCGAAUUGAAAGUCUUAGGCCGUUUGGACACACAGGUAAAAGUCCGCGGUCGGCGUGUCGAUCUCGGUGAUAUUGAGAGUGCCAUCACAACCAGUGGCUGUGUGGAACGUGUGGCAGUUGUUGUGUGUGACAACAACCGAGGGAAGGACUACAGAAUCAAUAGCAGUUGUACUAACGGUGGCGGAAGCGCAGCCGUAGCACACAGUAGCACCGACGAUGACAACGCCUGCAGCACUCAUCCACAGAAUACUUCCGAUCAGCUUAGCGGCAGCGGCGUAUCUGAGAGUGUCCACAGUGCGGACAGCUCAAGCGCGCAAUCACAACGCUUGGUGGCGCUUAUGGUUCUCAAGGAAGGUAUCAGGUGUAUAGACAGCAGCAUGUCAGAAGAGGGGAAUAACAUCGGACACAGUGUAGAUGGUACUAACAGGGUAGGUGGUAUUCGACCACGUGAGUUUGCUGAUUGGCGGGCGAGUUUAGAAACAGCCUUGCACAUACAUUGUCGGCUGCACUUGCCCGAUUAUCAAGUGCCCGUUCUAUUUAUAGACUUAGCGAGUAUGCCCCUCCUGGCCAAUAGGAAGCUCAAUCGUAGUGCACUCAAAGAAAUGGCGGAAGAGUAUUUAUUCAAUGCUCGGAGAACAUCUCAUACCAGCGGACACAAUGGCGAAGGAGAUGCACAACUGAAUGCGGAUGCCAAUAGUGACCACUAUCAGAGCGAGGGCGGUGAGAUCAGUGUAGGGCACACAGUCAACCGCCAACCAGAGAAAUUUGGACGUGUACGAGAUGGAGAAAACGAGCACCUGCAUGAACACACGGCCAAGCUAUACGUCGACGGGAGCGAUGACGAACACCAGGCACACACAGACGUAAAUAAUUCAACACAGAUUCACGGGGUAAGCGUAGGCAUCAAGCAGCUGGAGCUAGAGCCAUAUGGUGAUAUCGAACGGUUUGUGCUGGGUGAGAAUGAUGAAGAGUACGAGGAAACGCACGCCAGCCUCGAGCAGAACGAUGCGCAUGUGCGCCAAAGAGGUGCGGGGAAGUUGGAAGGCGAGAUGGAGCGCUUUGUGGCGCGUAUUUGGAUGCGGGUGCUUUGUCUGGGGGAUGCUCCCCCGUACGAGGCGGAUGACGCAGUUGAAUUGAACGGCGGUGGUGUGCGUGAGGAUGCAAGUGUACGCACUCACACACGUAACGAUGAAGCAGAAUCAGGGGUCAGUCUGGAGGAUAGGUCAGAUUUGAGUGCGAAGAUUCGAACCCAAGACAACAAUCGAGGUGCGCUUCUGAUAGGCCCUUUGACACAUUUUUUCAACAGCGGUGGUGAUAGCUUGAGAGCCAUUCAGAUGUUACAAGCGAUACGAGAUGAGAUUGCAAACCUGGGGAAUCCUGAUGCCAAUACAUCCAGCAAUAACAAAAAUAAUAUUACCUACACAAAUUUAAUUUCGGGUGCUGGAGCGCGGUCAGACAUUGGAAAUACACAGACUGAUGCAAGCAAAAUCUUUAGUACACCACCACAGUGUAGCUUGCAAGACACUGAUGAAUCGAGUGCCACAUCUACGGUAUCAGAAGAAACAUCUGAGACAGCCAAGCAAAGCCAGAACAGCACAAUGCGUACUCAUUCAAUGGUUAUUACACAGCAAAACACUAGUAUGGAUUCAACAAUGAACACACAGCCAAGCACCACUACACACCUGACCAUGAGUGACGAAACAGCGAGAGGACUUCUUUGCGGCUUGCACAAGAAUCCACGCCUUAAAGACUUUGUGGUCAUGCUGCGCGUUGCCAUGACAACGGCGCCUGAUGUAACGGCGAAUUAUACCGCUGGUCUGAAUUUUGUUGAGGUGAUGGAUAUGGAGGAUGACAAUGACGAGCUGUCGAAGCGCGGAGACGGGAUGCCGUAUACAGAUUCGGAACUAUUCUCUGACUCCGUGGUGCUGCGUGACGAAGGUAUCAGCUCUCUGUGCAGGGCCGCGCGUAUGGGUUGUAUCCCAAUAGUCGAGUGUCUGCUGAAAACCAAGCAAGUACCUGUCGACGGGUGGACGUCGCGGACGUGCAAGCGGAUGAGUCCUCUGUUGCAGGCUAUUGUGACGGAAAGUUCGGUACCUUCCGCAGCGGCUUAUGAGGUCCAGGAAUCACCCACAACCAACACCACAGACACCGAACAAACCAGGACUAGUCAACGAGACAACAAUAGCUGUCUCCAGGGUACUAGAAUGACAUGUGCGAACACAGGGGAGCAAGCAGCUGCUGGUGAUACUUCGAGUACCGCAGAAGAGACUCGAUCGGAUAAAGAAGCUCUUCUCAGUAUUCUGUUGCGUCAUGGUGCGAACCCUUGGCUGGUUAACGGUCGGGGAGCAAAUGCAUUACAUCUGGCGGCCAAAUCCGGGCCAAAAUCUCUAAUUGUUCUACUGAGAUAUCUCUUCAAUGAUACUUCUUCACACCAACGCCCGUUGAGAACCAUGUUCAUGCACAGAGAUCAGUAUGCAUGGACCUGUCUGCAUUACGCAGCAUGGGGUGGGCACGUGGAGUGCGUGCGUAUGCUACUCGAAACUGCGGAGACGUGUAGUAGGGCUGUACCUCUGAAAGGGGGGCCUGGUAUAGAGACACUGACCAAACAAAGGAAAGCAGGCAUUGCACAGCGAGACCUACACAUACAUACUGAAGCAGACGCCCAUUUGCAAACACGUACAGGUGAAAAUACCUCCGAACAUUCGGCCGUACACGAUGGAAGGUCUAUCGUAACACCAUCAGACGCUCACGACAACGUACAUAGUACCAACGAACACUCCAUGUGCCAAGGCGCGGAAAGGACUGAAGCACAAGAGCUGACCGCAUUGCUGUGUGCUAAAGACCGGUGGGGCCGCACGGCAAUCGCAUGGGCAGUGUACCGCAAUUGGAUACCGGUAAUUACGGUAUUGGCCAAUCAGCACCAUCUCGGGAAAUCCUGGGACCUACGCCCGCCGCAAGAAGCUCGCCAGCGAAGGUGA